UCUCUCUCUCUCUCUCUCUCUCUCUCUCUCAUAACGCCCCAUGGCGACCGUGGCGGCCAAGAAAGGCCGGGGCCGGAAGGCCCUGAACGCGAUCCCCGACAGCGAUGCCAACAUCUCUGCCGAGAAGGGGAGCGGCCUUGCUGCGAUCCUCUCCCCUCAGAAAUCCAAGCGAGUCCUCUCCAAGAACAAAGCCCCGGCCCCGGUCGCUGCCGCUUCAGCCCCCGCUGCAUCGUCCUUCGCAGACGAGUUGCAGGAUCUGCAAGAGAAGCUCCAGAAGCUCCAGAUCGAGAAGGAGAAAACAGAGGAGCUCCUCCGCGAGCGGGACGCGAUGCUGAGGGAGAAAGAGGAGGAGAUCGAGAACCGCGGGAAGGAGCGGGAGCGGCUCCAGGCCGAGCUCAAGAAGCUGCAGAAGACGAAGGAGUUCAAGCCCACAGUGAGUUUUCCUCUUGUUGCGUCCUUGAGGGAGAAAGAGGAGCAAGAAGGGAACGAGAAGAAGAAGAAAAAGAAGAAGAAGAAGAAGAACUGCGCCGAGCGGAAGAAGCCGUGCCCGGCGUACAUUCUCUGGUGCAGGGAUCAGUGGAAUGAGAUCAAGAGAGAGAACUCGGAGGCGGAUUUCAAGGAGGUGUCGAACGCCCUCGGGGCGAAGUGGAAGGCGCUGGGCGCGGAGGAGAAGCAGCCGUACGAAGACAAGUACCAGCAGGAGAAGGAGGCCUACUUGCAGAUCGUCGGGCAGGAGAAGCGCGAGAACGAGGCGAUGAAGCUCUUGGAGGGGGAGCAGAUGCAGAAGACGGCGAUGGAGCUCCUCGACCAGUAUCUCCAAUUCAAACAGGAAGCGGAGAACGAGGGCAAGAAAGUGAGGAAAGAGAAGGAUCCAUCGAAGCCGAAGCAACCCAUGUCGGCAUUUUUCCUCUUCUCGAAAGAACAGCGAUCGGCUCUGCUCGAAGAAAACAAGAAUGUUUGCGAGAUUGCUAAGAUUGCUGGCGAGGAAUGGAAGAACAUGACCGAGGAACGGAGAGCGCCUUACGAAGAGAUUGCAAGGAAGGAGAAAGAAGAGUAUCACCGACAGAUGGAGAUUUACAAGCAGAAGAAACUUGAGGAAGCUGCAACCUUAGAGAAAGAAGAAGAGGAACAUAAGAAGGUUCUGAAACAGGAAGCUCUGCAGCUUCUUAAGAGAAAGGAGAAAACAGAGAACAUCAUAAAGAAAACAAAGGAAAAUCACCAGAAAAAGAAAGAUCAUAACACAGAUCCAAACAAACCAAAGAAACCAGCCUCUUCUUUCCUUCUCUUCAGCAAAGAAACAAGGAAGAAAUUGAUAGAGCAGCGCCCCGGCAUUAGCAAUACCACACUCAAUGCUCUUAUUUCUGUCAAAUGGAAGGAAUUAAGCAAUGAAGAGAAGCAAAUCUGGAACAACAGAGCUGCAGAGGGCAUGGCAAUAUACAAAAAGGAGAUGGAAGAGUACAACAAAUCAAUUUCUACGGCCGACAAUAUAGCCGUCCCUAACAAAGCGCCUUGAGAUUGCACAGUUCAAUUAGUUUCUGUUGAACAACAGCAACUCAAUUCGCUUGUCGUUUACUGUUUUAGACAACUCUGAUAUGCUUCUGAUUGAAGCUGGUUAUACUAGGUAGUGAUGGUUAGCUUCCCUUUACGAUGUAUUAGUUUAGGUUUAAUAGUUUCCUUCCAAUAGCAUAGUAACUUUGUAAUAUCAUCUGCAAACGAACAGUCUAUGUUGUAGCUAAUUACCAGUUUUUCUCUAAUCAUGUAAUUUUUCUAAUCUCACAUUUCAA